AUGUCGGGGCGGACGUGCAUCCAGCAAGUGUGCUCGGCGGCGUGCAAGCGCGCGGGCCACGUGGCGGCGCGGUGCCGCGGAGGCUGCCAGUGUCGCGACCGCCGGGCCGGCAAGGCGCGCCACCACAACCGCCACUCGCGAACCGACGGCGACGAGGAGGGCGGCAACAACAACAACAACUACAACGUCAACUACAACGUGAACGCCGUCAUGCCCAUCCCCAUCGCGUGGGGCGGUGGUGGCGGCGGCAUACCGCCCUACGUGAUGCCCCCGUACGGCGGCACGGCGCCGCAGCAGCCCAUGUACCCCAUGUACCCGCAGCAGGGCCCUCCGGGAAUGUUCCCACCGGGCCCCUACCCGCCGGGGAUGCCCCCGGGCCAGCCUCAGGGCCCGCCCAACUUCAUGCCCCCAAUGGGCCCGGCGCCGACAGCACCGCCCUCGGUGUCCGCCGCGGCCGCCGCCUACGCCGCGCACGCCGCCACCCCGGUGUCGUCGUAUACCUCCACUGCGCUGCCGUGGUUCAUGCACGCAGGGGAAUUGUCCAAGGGGCACGCAGUGUCGAGCAAGAUGCCGCCCGCCAUGCAGCCCCUGGUGGCGCUACCGGGCCUGAUGGCGCCAACCCCCUCGCCUCCUCAGGCCGGCUUGCAACCGCUGGCCCCCGCCGAGCCGCCGCCGCCGCUGCAGCCUCUGGGCUCGGGGCCCGCGCCGUUCGAGGGGGAGCGCGAGCGGCCGUCGUACGCGCUGCCGGCGCCGGGCAACGUCCAGCCGCCCUCCAUGCUCGGCGCCGCGGCCCCCGGCCUCGGCAAGCCGCAGCCCUACUUCGGCGGCGGAGACCUGCGGGACGCCUGGACCUGGAGUGAAGGCAAUGUGCCCAUGGUGUAG